AUGGACCCAACAUCUCCUUCCAGAUGGACUGCCUAUCUCCAAAUCUUGGCCGGUCACUUGAUGAUCUUUGAUACAUUUGGCUACAUUGGAUCUUGGGGUCUAUUCCAAUCCUAUUACAUAUCUACCUUGGGUCGUUCUCAGUCCGACAUAUCUUGGAUUGGCAGCAUCCAACUUUUACUCGUCUUUUUCGUCGGUACCUUUUCUGGGCGCAGCCUUGAUGCAGGAUAUCUCCGUAUCACAUUAGCCAUCGGUUGCGCCCUCCAGAUCCUAGGAAUAUUCGCGGCGGCUUCUGCCACCACAUACUGGCAACUCUUACUAGCGCAAGGCAUCUGCGUUGGCCUUGGAGAUGGACUCAUCUUUUGUCCCAUGAUCUCUCUCAUCAGCACAUACUACGAUGACAAGAAUCGGGCUCUGGCCGUUUCAUUUGCUGCUGCCGGCGCUGCUACUGGUGGGAUGGUGUUCCCUGCUAUUGCCAAACAGCUGCUCCCCCGUCUAGGUGAGCCUUGGUCGGUGCGCGUGAUGGGAUUUGUUUUUGUAUUCAACUCAGCAAUUACUCUGCUUGUUGUGAGGCCUCGGGUAGCAGCACGGAAAUCUGGGCCACUGGUUGAAUGGACGGCUUUUAAGGAGCUUCCCUACUCACUAUACGCCAUUGGCAUCUUUCUAACUCUCUGGGGUCUCUAUUUUGCCUAUUACUAUAUUUCAAUCUUCGGCUCCCACAUCAUCCACGUUCCACCCGCUCAGUCCUUUUACCUCAUCAUUGCCAUCAACGGUAUCGGAAUCCCGGGACGAAUCUUCCCAGCGUGGCUCGCAGCUCGCGUCAUCGGAAAUGCACUACAUGUGCUGAUUCCUCUUACAUUUGGCGCGGGAGUACUUCUAUACUUGUGGAGGCUGGUACACUCAUACUCGGGUCUGCUUGCAUGGAUUAUUGUCUACGGCUUCUUUGCAAAUGCCGUGCAGAGUCUCUUUGUAGGCAGCGUAGGUAGUUUGACCAAAGACCGCCAAAAGAUGGGCGUCCGGGUUGGCAUGAUUUUCACUAUUGUCAGCUUUGCUUGUCUCACUGGCCCGCCUAUUGCUGGUGCAUUGAUUGAUCUGCGUGGUGGGGAUUUCCUAUAUGCUCAGAUCUUUGGAGGAACUGCGGUGGUUUUUGGAGCAUGCGUUCUUGCGGCAGCUGCUAUUAUCAGUAACAGUGAAAUCAGCUUGAAUCAAAAGACGUAA